GCAAGCUCUCCCACAAUCGAUCACAUAGCGAUGCUGUCUCUUUGAUGUUCCGUAUGCUCACCACGCACUGCAUCCGACAUGCUGCUCAGACGUGGGGUCCUUCUUCGACGAUACCUGGCCUCCCAAUCGAACGGGACGACAACACCAACGAAGCCAGUCCGCCGCAUAAAGACCCCUAUGUUCCGAGAGCCACUACCAUUGAAUUCUGAGCUUACUCUGGAGAACGUAUUAGACGGAAAACCGUGGCCUCUCAAGCCGUGUGAUAAGACAUCUGGUGCCGAAGGGUUGGCCACCCGUUUGCCCUCAAAGCAUGAAAGGGAGAUCGACAUGUCUCGACAACUUCGGACAGUGUUUGAUGCGACUCCGAUCAUGCAAAACUAUCGCGAAUCGACUCAGUCAGUUCUCAGCGUCGCCCAAAAGCUUAUCGAAGAGGCAGGGGAUUCCUUAUCGACGGUGGUUCCCAUAAACAGGAUCCCCGCUCCAUUGAUCCACCAUCCGAGCUGGAUUCGGGGCAGCAGCGAGACCGCUACUUCUGCUUGGGUCGACGCUUACCUGCUGAGUCCGGUCGAACUUAUAUAUUCUGCGCUUACCAAAACAAUCCCAGUAUCCACUCCCGAAGCUUACUAUAAUGGCAGCGAGCCUGACAUUGUUCGCCUGACGGAGCGCGCAGAUGGUACCCUGAUACCACUGCACAUCAUCGAGGUCAAGAAACGUUCCGUCCUCGCAAACAUUGUGACAUUGAUGAGAAAGUGGUUCGCUUCCCCCGACAACUUGAUCAAAUUCAGCCACAUUUCGCAAUCCCUUGGGGCAAACGAGUUCCACUGGCCGUUAUUUCACUUUGUUGACACCAAGCAAUGGGGUUGCUCCAACGCAAAGACAAGAGAGUUGAAUCAAGCCCACUACGCGUUGGUUCAGAUAUGGUCCACGUUUUGGGACCGAGGGCUGAGCGAAGGUGCUUUCGUUUCCGACGAAAAUUUCGUAAUUUGCAUUCAAGGAGAAGACGCAAACGAGCUAUUUGUCGGUGUAUUGAGUGACACCGCGCUGAACCAACAACGGGCCUUUCUGUGCUUGGAAUUGUUCCAAUUAUAUCGUGCACGCAACGGCAGGUGUGCCUAUGAAUGGACGCAUCUUGAUCCUUCAAUUCGUGUUGCAAUCGAGGACAACUUCAGCCAGUACGAAAGUGUCUUUGGACGCGCGCCACCACACGACGCCCCUCCCACAUCCGGAUUUAACCAAGGCAGAGAGUGCGUUGCAGAGUGUCCGACCCCGCCUGAGAAGGACAUGCACAGAUUACACUCCGUGCACGAGCCCUCAUCAACCGACCCCGCCGUAGUCAUUGUGGAUGGGCACGAUGGUUCUGACACUCCCGAGUACACCCCUCUCUAUGUGGACGAAAUUGCAGUUGACAUGGUUGGACAAGAGGCCGUACUCGAUCUCAAGUUAAUGAGCAAGGCGGGCAACGGCAUCUUAGGUACGGUCUAUCAUGCCGAGUUGGGCGACCGAAAGGUUAUGGCGAAAGUGGUGGAUAUCGAAAAUUUGUCAUCACUCGAGCAUGAGCUGGACGUCUAUCUUGCCAUUCGGUCCUUGUGGAAUGAGACAGUCCCGGAAGUCUACGGUUUGCACGAAGCACUACCAAAGCUGCACUGGUACUUUCUGAUGUUGGAGAAGCGCUCAAAAAUUUACGUGACCCCGGGGUGAAGCGAGAAGUCUUCGACCUGCUUCGGAGUCUUCAUGCCCACGGUUUUCGACACGAUGAUGUAUUGCCCGGCAAUGUUCUGCGGGACAAAUAUGGAAAGUUACGCCUAGUCGACUUUCAUCUUGCCACAGCUCACAAAUGCCACGAUGAAUGUCCUGAGCUCCGAAGGUUCGACCCGGACCGGCCAUCGGAUAAAGAACUCUAUGAAAUAGGGACGUUCCAACUAUCGUCUACCGGAAAAUUGAUACUAGCUAUACCUUGAGACUGUUACAGCUUGCUCUUUUUGUCCACU